CCACUGGUAUUUACAUAGUCAGGUGAGUUUCCCACGAGAGCUGCACUGCUGCCUCCCCCUGUGCACCUGCAGGUCCUGCUACUGUGUGGGGCUCCCAGAGCUUCCCAGGAGGCAGAACGUGAAAUAAUAGAGAUAAAGAAAGAACUGAAGGAUCAUCCACACCCAAUGGGAUUCACAGCAGCUCCACUUGCUGGUGGGGAGUUAACUGCACAGCUGCCUGUACCUGAGAAAAACCAAAACUCUGAAAAGUCUACUUUGGAUAAAUCAUGGGCCCAGCAGGGAUGGACACUGAGAGCAGUGAGAAGCAAAGCACUGGAAAGGAUCCCAUCAGGAAGAAGAACCAAUGCCAAGGAGGGAGAGCAGGUCACCCAAGGAAGAAAUAUAAAUAUGCAGAUAGAUUACAGUUCCUCCUGCCAACUUUAUAUACAAGAGGCCAUUUAAGGAAGAAGGCGCUUCCCCCAGGAGAGAAGGGAGCAGUUUUCAAUGGCCGCCCCCCUCCCAUGAGCAGAACUGAUCCCCCAUCCCCCGCUGCUCCCCUCCCAUCAACUUCAUUGUCUCUUCAGACUCCGCCUCCCAGUAGGAAACGCAGUCGCUUGGAGGGAGUUGAGGGAACACUUGUGGGAAUGUUGCGUUGCCUUGUGGACGUUCUCACAAAACAAAAUGCAGAGAGUAAAGUAGAAGAUUGUCCGGAUCUCGUUUUCCUUAAAUCCAUGCUGCCGGGUAUGAAGUUGGUCCCACCAGAGAGACGCGCUGCACUUAAAGCUGAGAUCUUCCAACUCAUUGUCAGCUAUAUCCCACACCAACCUCUUGUACCCCCAGUACCCAUCCCCCUCCUAAUCACUCCUACCCUCCAUUCCCUAUGCCGACACCCCCCACUCUAUUUGGCUGGUAUAACUCCCCUCCCCCAUACCAAGGGAACCCUCCUCGUACAGGCUCGGCACCAAUCCACUACCCAGGCUUGUAACCCUUUUCCUUAAAGGAUAAGUAAACCUUAAAAAUAAGUGAAUGUAAAGUUGAUGAGGGUGCUAUUCUAAGCACUUGUGUAAUGUACAUUCAUUAUUUGUUUCUUUUAUGUUCCGAGAUAUUGAAUGAUACAUGUACUGUUAACAUGAAUACAUUUUGUUACAACAGCGCCACCUGUUGGUCAGUUUCCCACCAGUCUGACAUUCCCAAUGCUGCAGAUCUGACAGGAGGUGGGGCUUAAUGUUACUGGGUGGAGUUAUAAAAGCAUCAUGGGAUGGGUGCAACUACACGUAUCCCCCGUGACCUGGAGGCUUGCUCAGUGUCUGUAUACAUGAGAAAUAUUAUUUCCACCAGUGCUGCUAUAACUUGUGUUUCAGCCAAUAUGUUAAUAUUUUAAUGUUUGUACCUUAAAGUAUUGGAUUUUAAUCUUGCAUAUUGGGACUUUACAUAUU